AAACGUGUACUUCUCUAAAUUUUUCCCCACGUAUUUCCUUUUUUAAUAUAGAAACUCACUAAUCCUAUUCCUAAUCAGUUUAGGUUUGAUAGUAAUAUUAUAAAUAAACUUGAAAUGGGGUAAGUCUCCCAUUAGUAAAAAAAUUAUUGAUUUCUACUCUCAAAAAUUGCAAUAUGUUUCCCACAGGGUUUGUAUCCCAUGACUGCUUCAAGAACUCUUUUGUUAGCGUUGAACCAAUUGUUUCUUCUUCUUCUUUACCAUAUUUAACCAUUCACUUCAAUUUCAGUAUAGUACAACAAUUUUGGUAUAUAAGACCUAAUGAUCAAGCAUCCGUAUACCGGGGUGGAAUACGGGAGGACUGUUCAACCAAGUCGACCCAAAUUAUUAAUCAUCUUUCCGAUACCAUGCUCUAUGAGAAACUUGAUCAUGCUCUAUCACAAGUGUUUAUGCAAUUUAAAGACGAGUUUGAAGAUCAACAACACGUUAUAGUUGAACAAACAACUCGUAAAUUGCUAAGCAUCACGACUACUGAGAUGUCAGAGGUAUGUGUGGAUGUGGAAUUACAGAUUGAUCACUACUGCGAUAGUAGAAUUUUGUUAGCAUUGGAAGAAUCAUCAACUGUGGAUGGAAUGGUGCCGGCUAGUGAAUCAUCGAUAGAGUUGCUAGAGCCGAUGGAAGCUGAUGAAAGAAAUAGCAACGAUGAUUGUUCGGUAUGUCUAGAUGAGUUAGGGGAGGAAACUGAUGUACUGCGGUUGCCUUGCUCUCAUAUGUUUCAUGCUGAGUGUAUUACCAAGUGGUUACAGAAUAGCCAUUACUGUCCGCUUUGCCGCUUUCAGAUGCCAACCGAUUAGACAAAACUACCUAAAGGAUCAACAAUCUAAAGCCAAAAACAAUUUUGUAGUAGAUUAU